UUCACUUUGCCCCAUCUGCCUGAGUGAAUCAAGGGAAACCCCAGUUUUUGAAAAGACUGCUUCUUUUUAGUUAACGGUUAUACUGGGAACUUUCUGACCUCACCAGAAGCUAAGAUUGGUGUUCAAUCUCAAGUAUUUAUGAACAUAUUUCUCUAUCCACAGAAAUAUAUACCCUGAAAAAAAAAAAGGACGAGGUUCCUGGUCCUCUUGACCACUGGUCAACAUAGAGUAAACACACAAUGAGGCUUGAAGAAACUCAGAGUAAACGACAAAGAGGCCGGCAUUCCCAGCUGGUCACUUGGGUCUUUGCAAUUGUUUGCAUCUUUCUUCUCAGUGCCUGUUUUAUUGCAAAUUGUUUUGUGACAUAUCACAAUUUUUUACGUAAGAGAGGAAUGCAAAGGUUCAAGUUACCAGAGUAUCAUAUGAAGCUAACAUGCAUCAGAGAAGAAUCAGGACUAAAAGGAGAUACCUGGAAUUGCUGUCCUAUUGGCUGGAAAGGCUUCCAGUCCAACUGCUAUAUUCCUUUUAAUGACAACAAAACGUGGGCUGAGAGUGAAAGGAACUGUUCAGAGAUGGGGGCCCAUCUGGCGACAAUCAGCACAGAAGCUGAGCAGAACUUUAUGACUAAAUUUUUGGAUAGACGAUUUUCAUAUUUCCUGGGACUUACAGAUGAGGAUAUGGAAGGUCAAUGGCACUGGGUGGACCAGACACCAUUUAAUCCACACAUGGCAUUCUGGCAUGAGAAUGAACCUAACAACUUUCAGGAAGAAGACUGUGUGGUCAUUGUUAAUGCCCAAGAUAAAUGGGCCUGGAAUGAUUUUCCUUGUAACUUUGAGACAAGUAGAAUUUGUAAGAUACCUGGAACAGGAUUCAACUAGAAACCUACAAAGUGAUUCUUGUGAUGGAAAAGAACAACCAAAUCAAGCAGGGAAGAAUGUAAAGCAUCAUUCAAACAGAGAAAACGUGGAGUCAUAGAGCAUUUUUCAGUCAGAAUGCCCUUAUUUAUUUUUGUUCAACUCAUGCAAGAUUGUGUGUGUGUGCGUGUGUGUGUGUACAAGAUAAUGUGAUUUUGUGUGGUGUUUUCAUGGAAAGAAUCAUCUAUUCCAUGAGAACCAGUUUCAUUAUCUGUGCUUUCUUGAUAUUAUCUCAAGGUAAUUACUUUUUGUUUGUUAUGCAUUGAUUAAAUAUCUAACAGAAUCACUUGAAUAAUGCAAUCUUUUUGUCAUUUUUCUCUUGUUUUAAUUCUUAUCUCUUAGAAUUCUUAACUGGUAGUGGUGAAUCAUUUUUUUUUUACCCAAGUAUCACAGACUUUGAAGUAUUUAUGUGAUAUUUUUAUUGUUUGAUGUUUCAUUUUCAGACUUUGAAGUAAUGUCAUUAAACUGACAUUUGUGAGUGAAAAUUUUCCAGAACCAUAGUAUAAAACAGUUCUAAAUUAUGGUACUGCACAGGUAGAAAAACAAUGAAUAACCUCCUUACUCCACUCUAAAUAAUUUUGAAAGCAGAAUGUAUCAAACUGACUUAAUAUCAUUUUUAGUGGAAAAUCCCAUUAUUGGCCACUUGAACCAAACACCUUCAAUUCUAUAGGAUUGAAGGAAAAAGAUCCUCGGGAAGAUAUAAAGCUCACCUUUGAAUUGCUUGCUCAUGAUAAUCAUUACUAUCCUUUAGUAGAGAUGAAAUGUAUUCCCUGUGGAAUUAUAGGAAAGUUACUGGGGAUAAUUUGGCUCUUAGCUAACAGUUAAAAUUUAUUAAUUAUUUGGAGUUCCACUAUAUUGGUAACUUCAUUUUCACAUGAAGGAAAGAGUCACAUUUUAACCCAUUCAUUUAUAUUGUUAAAAUAUUUUUAAGCUAUAAAGCUACAGUUCAAACUAGAAAGGAAGUCAUUGUUUUAACCUCUUAAAAUUGUUAUGUAUGUAGUACCACUUAUGAGGCAGUCCCAUUCAACUUUAAUAAGAUACAGUGCUUUCUUAAAAAUUUUAAUCAGCUAAUGUUUCCUGGCUCUCAACUGAAAGAUUUUAAGUAAUAACUUUUUAAAAGAUUUUCUAUGCCACUCUUUUAAAAACAGUAUUUAUUUUGUAAACUGUUAUUGAUUUUUGAGUGUUGGUGUAUGAUUAUAUGUGGGGAUUGGGUGCAUUGUGUGUGUGUGUGUGUGUGUGUGUGUGUGUGUGUGUGUGGUGUGUGUGUUAUGUGUCUACAUCUCAAACUGAUGCUUUUAAUUGGAGUGAUACUAAGUAGUUUUAAUCCUGUCUACCAUAUACACUAAAUUACAUAGCACAAAUCCUGUUAUAAUAAUUUUAUGUAGAUGCUACUAGGCUUUGUACAGUUAAUUCUUCAAUUAUUAAUUCAUAUAAACCUGUAUAUAGGUAGAGAUUCAGUUGUCAAUAAAAUGUGAUAAUUUAUUCA